CCGACGUGUUCUGUGAGUCCGAAGAUGUCCGCGAGCAGAGUGGAACCGGCAGAGCAGAGCCCGCCGCUGUCCUCCAGCUUCCUCUUCAGCCCGUGGUCGUGUGUCUGCGCGAAGGGCUGGUCGGCGGCCAUGUGGAACAGCCUUUCUGACCCGGUGCUGACCACCACUGCCUCCGGAUGCUCCGCCCCCGAGCCGUGGCUGCUCCCCGGCUGCAGCUCCGUGUACGACAGCCUGGUCAGUAACGUCUCUCCGAUCCCGUCUCCUCGUGGCGGCGGCGGCCUGCGAGGACAAGAGCGAGUCAUCAGCGGCAAACCACGCAGGUCCUCCAUCCUGGAGCGCUGCAUCCUCAAAGUGUCCACGAGCAGCGUGGCUGUGGGGACGGACGACGUGGACAGCAGGAGGCCCCACAUCAGCCGCUGUUACCCCCGCCUGCCGGACCCGACCAACACGGAGACCAACGCCGCAGUUCUGAAACGGCGGCAGAAACAGAUCCAGUACGGCAAGAACACCAGCGGAUACCAGAACUACAUCCAGCAAGUCCCCAAACAUCUGAGGGAUCCUAAGCUCCACCCCUCCACUCCCAACAAGUACAGGAAGUACAGCCGGCGCUCCUGGGACAUGCAGGUGCGUCUGUGGAGGCGAGCGCUGCACCUGUGGGACCCUCCGACCGGCGCCCAGCCGGACGCCGCCGACACGCCGGACCCCGUGGAGCAGCUGCAGAGUCAGCUGGAGAAGAUGACCUCUGACCUCUUUGAGAAUGUUGGAGACGAGCAGAGAGAGAAGGAGACUCCAGCAUCCUCUAAAGUCUCCUCUGUGUCUCCCCUGCUGGCCGCCACGCCCUCAGCGCUGCCUGGAGCCUGGACCGUCCCCGUGUCGCCGCCGGAGGCGAGCCGCCGGGCGCUUCGCUCUCCUCCAGGCCUGACCUACUCACUCAGCAGUCAGCUGACCACCGAUGACAACAUGACCGACUGGCUCCGCCUCCUGAUGGAAACGGACCACGGCCAAGACUCUGGCUCCGAUGACCAGCAGGUCCCCGUGUUCUCCGACCAGCUCCUGUGGAACCCGUACUGACCACCCGACGCAGUCCUCGCCAUUGUUUCCUCAUCGUGUGUCUUUUUAAAUGUGUCUGAAGAUUAACUGAACGACAGCAGGGAUCCGAUUGGCCGCCACCCCGCCCUCCCAGGUGCUGAGGUUUCCCGGCUGCUCGUGAACGCGUCGUCGGGGCGGACAGCUGAACACUCUGAUGCACCUGAACGUUUGACCUCAUGAAGCACUCCUCACCUGUUCUGCACUCGUUUCUGUACCGACUCACUUUGGUGUCACUUUAUUGUCGUUGCUCCACCUUCACCUUCGUGCUGUGCUGUCUGGCUCAGGCUCCUCCCCCCUGCACCGCCAUGUUUUUUCUCAAAAACGACCCCCUGCUGAGUGGAGGGGAGCGGCCAUCUUUGUGUUUGAGUUUUCUUUUUACUCUUCCUACUUUUUUGCUGCUUGACUGUCGAGAGCAAAGCUGAACCAUGUGAUUAAUAAAGGCGUAAAUAAAGUGUUACCGACCCACAGGCUGACUGGUUCUUCUUCUACUCUCCAUAAAAGUGUUCUACGUGCAGAGGUGUUCACUGAGGGUGUGCAGCUGUAAGAGCCUGGACUCCAAACACGAGUUUGUCUUCUGUC